CUUUCCUAUUACAAGUCUUUUCCCUUACAAUUGCUGACGACAACUAAAAAUCCAAAAAUAUCCUCUUGCCCUUUCUCUCCCUUUAAAAAUCUAGGGUUUCUCAAACUCUGACCUUGAGGUCCCAAUUUAUAAAACCCUAAUUGCCUUCGAUUUUUUGUCUUAUAGGCCGUCGUUUUCUCUAGAUUUUCUCGAAUUGGUUUUUGGUUCUCUAGUAAGUUUCCGUUUACGGGGGGCUUCUGCUUGUUUGGAUUGCCUGAAAGUCCUUUAUUUGGUCUUUCGGUAGUGUAGGGAUUUUGAGGAUUUUUGUGCUUCUUUGGUUUUGAUUUAUAUAUUGUUUUCUAAAAUUGGUGUUUGGUGACGGCGAAAGUUUGGGAUUUUAAUUUUUAUUAGAGAAAUUCAUGGCUGCGGCGAGUGAAGAAGAGGUUGAGUAUGAGAGCGAUCCAGAGGAAGUGAAGAGAUCGUUGGCUAUGCGGAGGCGGGAAGCAAGUGAUGAUGAGGAAGGCGAAGGAGAAGGGAGAGAGAAGCCGAGGGUGGACCGGAGCUUUGGGACUCAUUCCGACGAAUCGGACGGUCAGGGUGGGGUGGCGGAUUACGAGGAUGAGGAAGAGUUGGAUGAAGAAGAAGAGGAAGACUUAGAAGAUGAAGAAGAGGUUGAGCUAGAUGGGGAUGGAGGUGAAGAAGAAGAAGCGGUUUAUAGGGACGGAGGCGUUGAGGGAAAGGCACGUGUUGGUGGUAGGAUCGACUCAAUAGUUGCAGUGGUGAAUUUAAAUGAAGCGGAUGGUGAUGAAAGGAGGUCUAUGGAUGAGUUGGCAGAGGUGCAAGCAGAGGAUCGGGCUGAGGGGGAGGAGGAGAAGAAGGAGAAUGAGCCCUUUGCGGUUCCCACCGCUGGGGCUUUCUAUAUGCACGAUGAUCGGUUUAGGGACAAUGCUGGUGGUAGACACAGGCGCACACGUGGUGGAAGGAGGUUGUGGGAGUCCAAAGAUGACCGGAAAUGGGGGCAUGACAAGUUUGAGGAAAUGACUUCGCAGGAAAGGCAUUAUGAAGAGGGUCGGAGAAAUUUUAAGGGUCCAUAUCGAGGUCGUGGUAAAAAUCGAGGUAUUCAUCAAGGGUAUCCAAGAGGGAGUAGGCCUAAAGCAUAUAACGACCAAAGCCAGACACCUAAGAGUGUGAGAGGACGGGGGCCCAGACGAUAUACCCCUACCUUUAAAGACAAAAGUCAGGCACCGCCAGCUGAAAACAAACGGUCUGGGAAGCCUCUUGAGAAAACUUCACAUACAAAUUCUGGGAGAGCUUUCAUGCCCGUGUCAAGUGUGGAAUCUGAACCUGUUCCUGUUAGGAGACAAGUGUUUGCAUCAAGCUUGAAUUCUGCUUCUCCUCCAUUUUAUCCUUCUGGCUCUUCCAAUAAAGACAUCACUCUGAUGCAGAAAACAGAUUUACAAGCUGGUAGUUCCAACAGAAGUCUUCACCCAGCCGUUAUGGAUGAUGGUUCUUCAAUCACACAAACCAAUGCAUCUCUCCGCGGGAAGAACAUAACUGAAUCUGUCGGCAUGGACAAGCUUUAUAUUGACGAGUCCAUCAAUCCAGGUGCUGGGAAGCCUUUGGCUAAUCUGCAAAUGCCACUUUCGGGAUCCUCCUUAGUCAGUACUACACAAUCUCCUCCAACUAAGGGAAGGGGUUUAGCAGGACAGAUGAAUUAUCAACCGGCUCUACCUCAGAACCAAGUCAAUAGAGUUCCCCCUUCAACGCAAUUCCAUGCAGUUCAGAGAGGUCCUGCUCAAAGCAGAGGUCAGCCUCCUGUGCAAGCUCCUGCACAACAUGCAAACCAGCGUCCUGGUAGUGGUUCUCAAGCUUCCUCCCCUCCAAAAGUGGGUCUUUCAAUAAAUUCUUAUGAACCUGAGGAGGCCGAAUCCUUUUCAGAAUCAAAUAGCUCUAAAGGUGCAUUGGUUGGAAAGGGAAAAGGCAAUACUCAACGUACUGGGAUGGGAUCUGUUAUGUACAGUGGCACUCAGGUUAUGGGAGCUACUGGUAGCAUGGCUGUUAGUCAUGGAGAUCAAAACUUUACCACAACUCCCACGUUCCUGCCAGUGAUGCAAUUUGGAGGCCAGCAUCCUGGUGGUAUUCCUGCUGUUGGUAUGGCGUUCCCUGGUUAUGUUGCUCAGCCACAACUUGGAUUGGGAAAUUCUGAGGUGACAUGGCUACCAGUAUUGGGUGCUUCAGGAGCUCUAGGGACCACAUAUCCCUAUAUUACUGUUGAUGGCGCUUAUCACCAACACCCAUCGGGGCAGACAUCUUCAAUGGGUGCCUCAAGCAAAGAAAAUAAUUUGAACAAACCUAAUAAGGAAUGGAAGCCUUCACAGAGGCCUGAACUUGGGAAUGAUGAAUUCGGGCAGCGACACAAUAAGCCUCGCAGAUACUCAGAAAUGAACUUUGGCCAGUGAAGUACAUAGAUAUUACGGAGUUUUUAAUAAGCAGAUAAAGGCCUUCCUCCAGGCCCUUUGUGGUAUCUAGGCUUUUGUUCUAGUGCACUCUGGGCUGCAAUAGGUUCCAUGAUAUUUUAGGUAACUAUUCUUGCUCUUAUUAAUGUGUUUUUAUCUCUGUAUUUUGGAUGUUGCGACUUUUAUCUUUUUAUUUUCACAGUGAUAACAAAAUGCAUUUCAAGGUUCUUUAGUUUGAUAUCUCAACAUUUUUUACUCCAUCCCACGCAAUUUAUUGUCUUUCUACAAUUUUUAUUGUUUAUUUUUUUAAAUACGAGAUUUCAGAUUUGUGUUUCAUGCUAUGCUCUUCUCCUUUCCCCCUUUCUCUUUCAAUGUAUGCAUUCAGUUGGCUAGGCUAUUACGAUCAAAUUUAUGAUUCAGUCUUGGGGCAAGAUCUGUAUUGUGGGGUUGAUUGUCGUUUGAUUUAAGCAUUAAUCAAGAGUAAAGCUCAGAAACGGUCGGGUGUCUAACUCAUAUUCGCACCGGCCAAUAGGAACACAGCAUGUGGCAGGUGUAUUUGUCUUACAAUGAACCACAUCUUAUUGUAAAAAACCUUGAGACUUUCCCUCUUCUCUUGUGAUUCUUCCUCUCUUCUGCUUAUCCUCUCCCCGGUUCUACCUCUCUUUUUUCAUUCUGCUCUUCAGUUUCUUCUUUUUCGUUUGGUUCUUCCAAUUCCACACGUUUUAAAAUCUUAUCCAUUUUCUAGACCAUCAAAUCUUAUACAUUUUUUGGACACUUCUGAGGCACUCCUCCAUUGAAACACGUACGUACGAUGCAUAAUUUGUUCAAAAUGUCUUAUAAUUGUCAUUUUCUUUAAUUAGAUAAUUGAGUACUGUUUUUGAACAUUAGGCCGUGCAAAUGCUUGGAAGAAUUUUCUUCUAUUUUGUUUAUACCGAUUCUUGCUGUGUAUUCCAUGGUAAUUUGUUAUGAACCUGCGUAAAUGCUUGCUGUGAUGAACCUGAUAAAUGAUUACUGUGAUGUAACGGUGAAUGCUUCUUGUGAUGUAAUGAGGAAAGGUUAGAUUACUGGGUUGGUUUGCUGUAUUCAGAAAUGGGAAUGGAUGCAAGAUGUUCGAUAAAAUACUCAAAUGAGCUGAUUUGUAUGAUCCUGAUCAACCCCUGUGGAAUAACAACCCCUCAGAUUCUUUGGAAGCUACAGGGGAGGAGGCCAACGGGGGUGGUGGGAGGAGGAGAGAGAAGAUAAAACUGGAGAAGAGAGGAGUUGUGGUCUCCGGGGCAGUCUUGAAAAGUAGUGAUCUGCUACAUGCGGCUCUAUUCACAAUAUUACUGAAAUUCAUGUGUGGCAUGUUGUUAUUCGCUGGUGUAAAAAACCACUUGACACCAGACCGGCUCCAAGUUCUUCUCAUUAAUCAAUACUCUGGACCCAUGAUGCAUUCUCUUAAGGUUUUAGUUUUGUGCUUAGCAGCACCUGUGAUGGGUUGUACCCCCACCAAAAAGAUAAUUGCUGCUCUAUAUCUCCAUUUUAAUUUGCACCUGUAUUUACUAUUUUUAGUCUGUUCUUGCAGUUACAUAUGACGAACACCUGCUCAUGCCGCACUAAAUAAUUUAAGACAAUAUGGCGGCUUGACGGGUGGCAGUAUCUUGUUUAAACGUGCGGUUUUCCUGUGGUUUGGUUUUUCAGUGAAGCUUGUGAGAAAUGUUGGCUGGCUUCCAAAAAUAUAAAGAAAAGGCAAAAAGAACAAGAUUUGUUGUGCAGCAUCCUAUUGGUCAGUGGAGUUGAAUUUUUCUAUUUAUAUAAAUGGUAUGGUUUUUAUUUUAUUUUAUGUGACAAUAAUAAUUGUUUUGAGAGGACCUUUAACGAGUGAGAAUUUCUCCAGUUGACUUGUAGCUGGCGAUGUUGCAGCUAAUUAGUUUUAGGACUCAGAAUGGGUUAUUGAUGUUUUAGCAAAACUCAUACGUGAUAACACAUGUUUUUCUAGGCAAUGCAACGCUUGGCUGUAUUUUAUUA